AGGCAUCUGUCUUCCAAAUGAGCUUUAAUCCAAUAUAAAUGUUGAUUGACCUGCAGGUAGACCAAGGCCAAGUUAAUAAAUGGUCAAACUGCUGUCUAUAUCCAGCUUUAUUGCUCUUGUUUGUUAACUCAUACACUGGUGUUUCAUUGUGUCUACAUUAUUCACUGUACUGUACCACAAAUUGGACCCUCCGGGGACAUUAAAGGUUUCUUAUGUAUUUGUUUAACAUCUGUCUUUGUUUCUCUGCGUCUCAGUGAGUCCCACUAAAGAGAUUAAGGUGACGGUGGGAGUCCGGCGGAGCAGCAUGAGCAGCAGCUGUGGCAGCAGCGGGUAUUACAGCAGCAGUCCCACGCUCAGCAGCAGUCCACCUGUGCUUUGCAACCCCAAAUCUGUUCUGAAAAGACAAGUGAGCCCAGAGGAGCUGCAGACACUAGGAGGAUCUUUUAUAAAGAAGACAUUCACUAUUGUGGGUGAUGCUGUGGGCUGGGGCUUCGUGGUGCGAGGCAGCAAACCCUGCCACAUCCAGGCUGUGGAUCCCGGUGGACCUGCAGCUGCUGCUGGCAUGAAG